AUGUCGACGACUCUUGACCGCGCCCAUGGGCCGUCGUCGGCAAGCACGAACCGCGCGCCAUUGGAAGACGGCCCCUAUGUGCUGCGGUCUCUGCUGGACAAUGUGCCUCUGGCGGCAGACGGCUCGCAAGACCCUGUCGGCAUAAACUGCGUCGAGUACCUCGAUGGCAACCUCUACGUCGGCACCUCGGCCUCGGAACUCCUUCACUUUGUCCAGAUACCCCCCGAUCCCGCCGAUACGUCCAGAAAGCCCGUCUUCAUCCUCGCUUCCAGGCUGGAGCCCGCCUUCUCCGCGCCGACCGGAGCCGCUACGAGCCCUCCUCAGCCCGGCGUCCAGCAGAUCCUCCUUCUACCCAGAGUCGGCAAAGCAUGCGUCCUUUGCAACUGGACCGUGACCUUUUAUUCGUUGCCGGAGCUGAGUCCCGUGUCCGCCACGGGCCAGGUCAAGAACUGCAAUUGGAUAGGCGGGACCGACUUCAACGAGACCAGCGAGACGGCCACCGACGUCACGAUUCUCCUCUCGCUUAAGCGACGAAUCCAGGUCGUGCGGGUUGGUGAGAGCGCUCGCGCUUUCAAAAACAUCGACUACGCAGGCAGCACUUUGUCUAUCCGCCGAGACUCCAUAGCAUGCGUCGCCGACACCAAGUCGUACGCGCUCCUCGACAUCGAGAGGCAGCUGAAGAUUCCCUUGAUGAGCAUAUCCUCCUUGGAUGAGCCUCCUCCACCUGGGGAAGUCGGACAAAUCCAAAGCAUCGCUGCCGACGCCGGAGGGGGCAUCAUCCGCAGCGCCUCGUCCGCCGAGAACCGACCACACGCUGUCGCACAGAGCCACAGUCGUAGCACGAGCCUGGGCGGAGCAAUUCUCGGAAACAUUCGACCCUCGCCCCCUACUCCGUCAACGAGUCCGCGACCACCGCCACCCGCGCCCGAGUCGAGCACCACUGCUCCGUCAGCGGAUAAGCCACUGCCAGCUGCGCCCUCGGAGGCUCCGGCUGCAAACCAAGUUCCAGAGCCACAAGCGGGCCAGCAACCGGUUAGCUUAAAACCACACAUUGCAUCUCCGUCUCCUGAAGAAUUCCUUGUCGUCAUAGGCACCAGCCCGUCGGAGCCUGGCAUUGGCAUGUUUGUCAAUCUCGACGGCGAUGCCACGCGCGCCACCAUUGAAUUCGAAGAGGUGCCGGACGAUGACGACGGCUACGUUCUGGCCUCAAUGGCUAGAAAGAGCAGCGACAAGGUUCAUUACGGUCUUGAGAUCCAGCGCUGGAGUGCUGGCAACGAAAGUAUUCCUGAAAAGCACUGGCUGGCGGCUGAAGAUGUCGAAACCCCCAGCCCAUACGGAAUUCGUUCGCUGGUUGGCCCGAUAGAAGCGUCGACGCCAUCCAUCAGGAGUCAGGACUCCCGGACGGCCGCUUCACUCGAGAGACUUUCCAAGGAGAAAGACUUGUUUGAACGAGAUGACUCACCGGAUGACGAUUCGUUGCCAGAGGGGUGGGAGGCCACUCGAAAUGCAGAGGGCGAGGAGUUUGCUCGACGACUGGCAAAGACUGAUGCACGAUUGGCAGUUUGGGCGGGCGAUCGCAUAUGGUGGGCUGCCCGGAAUCCCCUGAUCCUGCAACUCGACACGGCCCUGGAUGCUGCAUGUCCGAAUGGGGUCGCCAUUGUCAAGGACAUGGACAAGCAAAGCAUUUACUCUGCCCUCAAGGCCAUACGCGGCCGAGAGGCGAGAACUGAACUGCAAUUCCUGACCUUUGGUUAUCUGCGACAAAAGGCAGGGCUUCUACUCCUGGUCGAAUUGUUGACGUCAGGGACUGAGCAGCUGUUUGAGGGCGAGCUGAAGGCCUUGGAAGAAGUUUUGAUAGAGAGUAAGCUCGAUGCCAGAGUCGUUUUGUCGUUGGUUCCCGGCCUCAGGAACGAAAUCAUCGAGGGACGCCGUGGGAUCUGGAUCUACGGCGGUGUCAGAAAGGUGGCGGACGCUUUCCUGCGCAGCACGGCCUUUGAUGGUCUCUUGAAGGCUGGGCUGGGCAGCCUUGGCUCGAGAGCCAUGCACUUCUUGCGUCGAUUUCUCUCGUCGUGGAGGAGAAUGAAGGGCUUUGCCAGCGUUGCGGACGAGAGCGAGGUGUUUCGGACCGUGGACGCUGCCCUGCUGACUGUCCUGCUCGAGCUGGACCGACAUGCACCCAAAGGAUUGGGCAAAGGCGGUGCCGUGAGGUCCGAGCUAAACGACCUAGUCGACCGAGGCGUGGACUGUUUCGAAAGGGCAGUCGACCUGCUCGAGUCAUACCACAGGCUCUUCGUCCUGAGCCGGCUAUACCAAAGCCGCAAGAUGGCCGGCGACGUCUUGGCCACGUGGAAGCGAAUCAUUGAAGGCGAGCGAGACGAAGGGCAGGAACUUCGCGACGGAGAGCAGCGGGUGCGAGAGUACCUUGCAAAGAUUAGCAGUCAGGCUCUCGUUCAGGAGUAUGGCGUCUGGCUCGCCAAUCGGAACCCCAGACUCGGGGUGCAGGUCUUUGCCGAGGACAAGUCGCGGACAUCUACGUUUGAGCCGGCCCGUGUUGUCGAGCUCCUGAGGGAAGAGGCCCCAGACGCCGUCAAGUACUACUUGGAGUAUCUCGUCUUUGGCAAGGGGAACACAGCUUACGUGAACGAGCUCGUCGCCUACUACCUUGACGUGGUUCUCGACGAGCUCGAGUCGUCUGCUGCGAGCAGAGAAGCCGUCAUGGCGGCCUAUGACGCGUACCGAGCGCUACACGCCCCCAAGCCGACGUAUCACCACUUCCUCACUGCGAAUGCCCCCGAGGGCGACGAGACUUGGCGGAGCCGCCUCCGGCUUUUGCAACUACUCGGCGGUCCUCACGACUACGACUCGGCCGCCAUCAGGGCCCGCAUUGCCCGCUUGUCCGGCGAGCUCCUCGUGCCGGAGACGAUUAUCCUCGCGGGACGAGAGCAACAUCACGACGACGCGCUACGGUUGCUGGUCCACAACCUCGGCGACUACGACACGGCCGUGUCGUACUGCCUCCGCGGCGGCACCAGCGUCUACGUCCCGCCCGAGGGCCGCCGCCACGGGGCCAGCGUGCCAGAAAUUGAGCAGCAGCGGCGCCUGUUCCGGGUGGUGCUGCACGAGUUCUUGGCCAUUGCCGACCCGAGCGACCGCGUCGAGCAGACGGGCGCGCUGCUGGAGCAUUUCGGGGGGUGGUUCGACGCCGAUGAGGUGCUGGGCCUGGUGCCGGACUCGUGGCCCGUGGACGUGGUGGCUGGGUUCCUGGUCGGCGCGCUCAAGAGGCUGGUGCGCGACAAGCACGAGAGCAUCAUGACGAGAGCUCUUAGCGGGGCGGAGAAUGUGAGAAUCAACUAUGACUUGGUUGUGGGGAUAGAGGAGAAGGGCCCGAGUAUCGAGGCUGCCAGUUGA